AUGGAAGAGAAUCGGUUCCACUAUAAGGAUGUUGAGAACAUUAUCGGAUUCGCGCAGAAUAAGAUCAUCACGGACGUGAUCCAGGCUGAAUGGUUUCGGAGCAAGACGGAUGUCGGCGUCAUCUUCGAAGAUCGGUUUUGCCCUAUUCCAUUUGAACUAUUAGCACUAUUGAUGACAUUAAUUGAGUUCUGCCUUGAUGAGUAUAGUAAUGGCACCUGGACCCCAGCAGUUUUCGAGGAGAAGCACUGGAAGGACAAGUACGAAAAGCAUCUUGUGGAUGUUCAGGAAUGGAGCAAUCUCAAUCCGGGCGUUGUUGCGAAGAUCCGCAAGAAGAUACUGGAGCAGCGGCAGCGGCAGCACCUGCAGGCCUAUCUGCGGAAGCUCGUCGCCGGGCACAACAGGAACUAG